AAAAGUCAGUACAAGAGGGGGAAAUUCUGGCAGAAUGUUCCCCAGGUCCUUUCCAGCAUCUUUAGUCGGACAGAACGUUCCUUCCUUUGCAGAACUCAGCUCACUCUAUGUUCUGGGGUGCUUCCACGUUGUUUGAAGAAUCCACGGCUCCAGUGUCGAAUGUGUACAGGACAGAGGGACGGGUUGGCUUCUGGGCCAGUGGAAAGGGAAGAAGCUUGGGUUCUCUUUCCCCAGUACUAGGCUUCCUCUAGCUUCUGUCCAAGUGAGGGAGUCUGGAAGCAGAUUCGGGGAGACCUUUUUUCCUGUUUUACUCUAGAGCUAACAAAAAAACCCUGAAGUUGGGUGGGGUCAAGAAGGGCUCAUUCCACAUACAAUUAAGUCCAGAAAUCAGUCCCCCAAUCCGGGAAAGGCGAUCCUUUAGAGACCCGCCCCCCAAGCCCCCGCCCCGGAGCUCACCCCUCAGUUCCCUCAGCCCCUCGCCCCCGCUUCGCUGAAGGGGCCGGGCUUGGGGGCAGGGCGGGGCCGGGGGCGGGGCCUCGCCGGCUCGCGGCCGGUCGCCUUGACGACCUCAGCAAGAUGGAGACGCUGCCAGGCUUGCUGCAGCGGCCGGACCCCGGGGCGCUUAGCGCAGCGCAGCUGGAGCAGCUGCGAAAAUUCAAGAUUCAGACUCGGAUUGCUAACGAAAAGUACCUAAGGACCCACAAAGAAGUAGAGUGGCUCAUAAGUGGUUUCUUCAGAGAAAUAUUUUUGAAAAGACCAGACAACAUCCUAGAAUUUGCUGCAGACUACUUCACGGAUCCAAGACUUCCCAACAAGAUUCACAUGCAGCUAAUUAAAGACAAGAAAGCGGCUUAAUUAGCAAAAUCAUGAUGCUCAGCUGUUGGGAGAGACCAGACAGAAUCCAGCCUUGGGGGUCAUCUGGAGGCAUGAGAGCCCUACUGCCAUCAGUGUGGGUUUCCAAGCUGCCUUGGGCUCUGUCUACUGUCGCAAAAGCUUUUAAAGAUAUUCAUUAAACACGGACCUUCCUGCUC